AAAAUAAUAAAAUAAAUGGGCUCGAAUGUAAAGGGUUGAGCAUUUUCAUUGGCGUAUAGAUGGGAAGAACGACAGGAAGGAAUGGAACAUUUGGCUGCAAUUGAUUCUCAAAUCUUCGAGAUCUCCUAAUUAUUUCAUAUCUCUCUCCCUCUCGCUCUCGCUGGUCUCUUUCUCACUGUGAUGUGGAGGUUUCAAGGAUCCUUCUGAUUCAUCAAACUCAAAUCAGUCGCGGACCCAAAAAGGAAAGACCCUACGAGCUAUAUAACAUAUAGACUUUCCUGGUUCUUUGGAGCUCGAUACAUAGUCGAGCUCUUGUGAAAUCACUGGUGAGGCCAGUUGGUUCUUGGAGAUAUCAUGGCAGAGGUGAAGGAACAUUUGGAGAUUAAGUUCCGGUUAGCGGAUGGUUCAGAUAUCGGUCCUAAAUCGUUUCCUGAUGCUACAACCGUUGCAACAUUGAAAGAAACUGUUGUUGCUCAAUGGCCAAGAGAAAAGGAGAAUGGGCCAAAGACAGUGAAAGAUGUGAAAUUGAUAAGCGCGGGUAGAGUAUUGGAGAACAACAAGACUGUUGGAGAUUGCAGGAGUCCUGUCUGUAAUCUCUCAGGUGCUGUCACCACAAUGCAUGUUCUCAUUCAACCUCAGGUUACUGAAAAAGAAAAGACGAAGAAGAAGAAGCCUAAAAACGGUGAUCUGAAACAGAACAAAUGUGUCUGUUUAUGUUUUGGAUAUCGGUUUUCUUCUUGAUCCUUUCUCAAUAUUUCUUUUCCUAUGAUUUUUUUUGUUUUUAAUCGCUUGAAGGUUUGGCUUCUGAUGUAAUUCUGAUUCGCAACACCGUGCAAUCUUAGAAAACAUUUCAAAUUUGCAGAUUAGUGUGAAUCGUUAAGAAUAAUACGGCAGAUAUAAGCUAAUUAUCACCGAAGAUCUAAA